AUGUUGCAUGGAACAUCUCGGAUCUUAAAGUCGUUUCUGUGUUCAUUACUGCCUGCGCGACAACAAGCGCAUUCAUUUAGUCAACGUUUACGACGAAAAAGAAUUCAAAGUAUUUCGGCAAAAGCACCUUCAGUUUCAAAAAUUAGUGAAUUAGUGCGGAAACGAUUAGAAACUUCCUGGUGUGAGAAACGUACAUCAACUUCAGAAAUGGAUUUGGAUUCUUUGUCCGCGAGCAGAUACUUGGAGAUAAAUGCCAGCAAAUAUACUUCAGUUGUUGCAUCUCGACAAGUUGAAAAAGAAGAAAGUGAAUAUGGAGAGAAAGAAUUAGCUAUUGAGUGUGGUUAUGAGGAAACUGGAAAAGAGUAUAAUAAUUUUCUAUUAGCUGGUUCAUUUCUGUUGAAAGCUGAUUCGAUUGUUUCAAAAAAUCCUGCAGAAAGUUCGUCAACAUUUUGUAAGCUUCAUGGUUUCGACCGUGGAUUUUACAUUUAUGGAGAUAGCUUUGUCGAUGAAUUUGUUGUUGGUUCAACGGUGGAUAUACCUGGGGAUGAAUUAGAAAAUGUUGACGAUGAUAUCGUGGUUCGUUAUGGUGCCAAGGAUGCUAUUGAAGAAAUUAAUUUUCAACUUCCAGGACAAAGCAGCAAUCCAAAGGAUAACGUAGUGGAAGACGAGGAUGAUGAAUUUUUGGAUAACUAUGGUAUAGUCGAUCCAUCAGUGCCCUCCUCAAAUAAGUUGUGUGGCGCAUGUGGAGCGAAUUUCCACUGUCGGGAUGCUUCUUUACCAGGCUUUUUGCCUGCAGAAAUUUUUUUGAAAUUGAAUGACUACAAUGAUCAAUUGUGCCGCAGAUGCUACAUGCUCAAAAAGCAUAAAUUUUUGCUAAAUGUUAAUGUUUGUGAAGUGGAUUACCAUUUGAUGAUGAAGCAUUUAAAACUGAAGCAGGAAGCGCUAAUAAUACUUGUUGUUGAUAUGUGUGAUUUGCCGGGAUCCAUUUAUGCCGAACUGCCAAAGAUAAUUGGUUAUCAAAAACCUAUGAUUGUUGUUGGAAAUAAGGUUGACUUAUUACCGCCAGAUGCGCAUCAUGGUUUUUUGCGUCACUUUCGACAAAUUUUGCAAAGUUCAUUGAAGGAAAUAGGAUUUGUUGAUAAUUUCAAUAUUUUACACACGUCGCUUAUUAGUGCGAAAACAGGAUAUGGUGUCGAAGAUCUUAUUACUAAUAUAUUCUUGAGAUUUUCAACUCUUGAAACUUUACGCAAUCAUAUGUAUUUAGUUGGAUGUACAAAUGCAGGAAAAUCAACACUUUUCAACGCGUUAUUGCAGUCCGAUUUAUGUAAAGUACGUGCUGUUGAUCUAGUAGAACGUGCAGCUGUAACUCCUUGGCCUGGUACCACCAUUUCAUUAUUAAAAUUUCCGGUAAUGAAUCCUUCGCCACAUAAACUGGAAAUCAGGCGACGAAGAUUAUUAGCAAAUCAAGCUUGGCAAAAAAAAGAAGAGCGUAUGAGGUAUAAUCUGUAUAAACAGUCAGGAGAUGUAAAGUAUGCAAUGUUGCAAUCUUACAUUGGAAAUUCGUUCAAGGACCGCGAAGAAGAAUUACAAUCACCAGCUUUUCAUUCCAUUCUUACCGAUUCCGAAGCAACAGAAAAACCAAAACGAAUUUUUGAUCCGAAUUCACUUGUUUUUGCGAAAGGAAAAUGGUGUUUUGAUACUCCUGGAGUUGUCAAUUCAGAUCAGAUCCUGAAUUUAUUCACUUUGGACGAACUGAUUGCUGUUUUGCCUCGGACUAUGAUUUUACCGCGAACAUUUAUCAUGCAUUCUGAGGAAUCUCUUCUCGUUGCUGGCGUUGCGCAGAUCGAUGUGAUCAGUUUAUCGGUGGCUGCGAAACCUGCUUCAGAUAGAGAUUAUCCGGAAAGACGGCCAUGUGUUCUACUGACAGUGUUUGCCAGUGAUCAGUUGCCAAUUUUCAUAAGAAAAACAACUGAAGUGGCAGCUUUUCGUGAAAAAUAUUUGGGUGAUUCACUUCUUGUUGUUCCGGCUGGCAAUGCUGAAAGAAUAGCGCGGUUUCCGAGUCUUAAGGGCAGCGAAAUGAUCUUGGAAAGUCCUGGAUCAUGGAAAGGCUGCGGCGAUGUGGUACUUUCGUCUGUGGGCUGGGUAUGCGUAACAUCUCGACGUGGAGAAGUUCGCUUGCAAGCGUACACGCCUGAAGGACGUGGUUUAUUUUUACGACAGCCCGCUCUUUUACCAUUCUGUGCACAACUUCGUGGCUCACGCAUAGGUGGCACGGCUAUGUACAAAGUGAAACGACCUAUAUUGCAUGAUCCAGAUACAUUGCGGAGACAAAAGAAACGAAAGACUCACAAAAAAGAAAGUUUUAAGCAAAUGAAUCUAUUUUAA